GUAUUGUGGUAAAUGGCCUGAUUAACAUUAGUGUUUCAACAAUUGAGAAGCGUUAUGAAUUGAACAGUUCCCUCACUGGCUUAAUCUCUGCAAGCUAUGACAUUGCUUUUUGUGUAUUGUCACUGUUUGUAUCUUUUUUUGGAGAAAGAGGGCACAAACCGCGGUGGCUCGCUUUCUCAGCAUUUAUGCUAGGACUGGGCUCGCUUAUAUUUUCCUUACCACACUUUGGUAGUGGAAAAUACUACUAUGGAGCUAAAGUUGAAGAAACAUGUCAAAUUCAAGGAACGAGCUCUGCUAACCUCACUUGCAGUGCCAGCACAAAGUCUUCACUUCCCAACUAUCUGUAUGUCUUUAUCCUGGGCCAGCUGCUGCUGGGAGUUGGAGGAACUCCACUAUAUACUUUGGGUACAACUUUUAUUGAUGAUAGUGUCCCGAAACACAAGUCUUCCUUGUACAUAGGAAUUGGCUAUUCCAUGUCACUGCUGGGUCCUGCUAUUGGCUAUGUCUUGGGAGGGCAGCUACUUAAUAUUUAUAUUGACAUACAGAUCCCAGAAAGUACAAAGAUGGAUCAAGAUGACCCACGUUGGCUUGGAGCAUGGUGGAUAGGAUUUCUUGCAUGCUUUUUUGCAAUAUGGCUUCUUAUCAUACCUUUCUCAUGCUUUCCAAAACAUCUGCCAGGAACAGCAAAGAUACAAGCUGAAAAAAUCUCUGAAACCCAUAAUGAUGGAAGUGAGAUGUUUGUUGAGACCAAGAAUGUUGGAAAAGGUUUUAAAGACUUUCCCAUGGCUCUCCUGAUACUGUUGAAGAAUCCAGUGCUUAUGAGUCUUGUAAUAGCCAGUUCUUCAGAAGCUUUAGUUGCCACUGGCUUUGCCACAUUUCUACCAAAAUUUAUAGAAAAUCAGUUUGGGAAGACAUCAAGUUUUUCAGCAACUCUUGGAGGACUUGUAUUAAUUCCAGCAGCGGCGCUAGGCCAAAUCGUAAGCGGCAUCUUGAUUUCCAAGUGCAAAAUGGAUUGCAAAAGCAUAAUCAGGUUCAUGAUAGGCACUUAUUCAGUAGCCUUACUAUUAAACACGGUGUUUUUGUUUGCCAAAUGUGGAAAUGAACCUUUCGCAGGUGUCUCGGAAACAUAUAAUGGAACAGGCACGCCAUAUAAUUUAACGGCACCAUGUAAUGCUCAUUGCAGAUGUUUGCGCUCUAUGUACUACCCAGUUUGUGGCAGAGAUGGAGUCCAGUACUUUUCUCCCUGUUUUGCAGGAUGUGCAUCUGGUCUUUUUAAUAACAUGGAAAAG